GAAGGAUACAGAGAAAAGCUUUAUUAUCAUAAUGUCAGUUAAGAUUUAUCAAGUGCCCAAGAGAGCACAGGGCUCCGUAUAGCACAGAGAAUGGCACGACCUUGUCAACAUCCAGAAAUGCUGGGCCACUGGCCAAAUGAGGGGGAGAAUUGUGCGGUUCCCAAUCAUCAGUGAGGCCUUCAUGCUGGAUGCAGUGACUCCCAAACCUGGCUGUGCAUCAGCUCCCCAAUCCCGGACGUACAGAUUCUGCAGGAAUUUAAUUGAGGGCUGGCCCUGGGCCAUACACUGUGCCAUGUGCCGAUGAGCUCCGGUCCACACUCGGAUGAGCAGGAAGGACACAAUCUUACUCCCAGGAACCCAGCAGAUGAACAGGAGAAAAGCAAGCGCCCCCAGCAUGCGACUGCCGAUGCUCGUGUCCGCGGGCGUCCUGCUGGUGGCUCUCCUGCCCUGUCCGCCGUGCAGGGCCCUCCUCAGCCGGGGACCCGUACCAGGUGCCCGGCAGGCCCCGCGGUCCCUGCAGCCCCUGGAUUUCUUCCAGCCGCCGCCUAAGUCCGAGCAGCCCCAGAAGCCGCAGCCUCAGCCGGUCCUGCUCCGCAAGGGAGAGGAAUACUUCCUCCGCCUGGGAAACCUCAACAAAAGCCCAGACGCUCUCCUGUCGCCGGUUUCCUCACCCCUCUCCGGGGGCAGGAGCAGCAACCCCUCGCGGGACCAGACGGCCACCAACUUUUUCCGCGAGUUGCUGCAGCAGCGGCAGCUGCCUCGGCGCACGCUCGACAGCCCCGCUGGUCUCACCAAGCGCGGCACCGAGCACGUCCUCGGCGGCCACCAGGAGGCACCGGAGAGGGAGAGGCGGUCGGAGGAGCCUCCCAUCUCCCUGGAUCUCACCUUCCACCUUCUCCGGGAAGUCUUGGAAAUGGCCAGGGCAGAGCAAUUAGCGCAGCAAGCUCACAGCAACAGGAAACUGAUGGAGAUGAUUGGGAAAUGAAACGGUGCGUUUGGCCAAAAAGAUUCUGCUUUUAGCACACAAAAAAAUUAUAAAAAAAAAUACAGUAUUCUGUACCAUAGUGCU